CUGCGCCCGCCUCCCGGCAACUCUGCUCCAGCGCCGCACGCCGUGCGCGCCGUCCCACCGCCGGGGCCCCCGCGGGCUGGAGUGGCUGUCGUGGGGUCCGGACGGGCAGGAUCCCACCAGUGGGGACUGGGCAUCCUCGGCAUAGCCGAGGGGCGCGGAGCCCGCAGCGGCGGCCACUGCGCGGCAGCCCUCGCCGGCCGAACGGCGUGGGCAGGCGCGCGGCGCGGCUCCGGGGCUCCCCGAGGGCAGCGCACCCCGACUCCUCCCGGGGGAGCCCCAACCCCGAAGGGCGCACGGAGCAAGUGUGCCCCCGGCCGCAUCGUCCCCCACGUACCCCCACUUCUUCAUAAACUUUUCUGCGGUCCUCGCCCGUGGGGGUCGCAGCGCUAGGGCAGCCCUCCGGGGCCCCGACCUCUCGGACCCUGGCCACGCUGACCUCCCGCUUCUCAUAGCCUCAGUGGCGACCUCUCCAGGUCGGGCCGGGCGCGGCACUCGAGGCAAGCGCGGCAAGCUCCGACGCUCUCCAAAGGCUCCCGCGCCCCCCCGGGGCAGCCGGGCGGGGUAAUGCCCUCGGUGAUGGAGAAGCCCAGUGCGGGCUCCGGGAUUCUGUCCCGAAGUCGGGCCAAGACGGCACCCAACGGCGGACAGCCGCACUCGGAGGAUGACAGCAGCGAGGAGGAGCACUCGCACGACAGCAUGAUCCGUGUUGGAACCAAUUACCAAGCAGUAAUUCCGGAGUGCAAGCCUGAGAGCCCCGCGCGCUAUAGCAACAAGGAGCUGAAGGGGAUGCUGGUGUGGUCCCCCAACCACUGCGUAUCAGACGCCAAACUUGACAAGUACAUUGCCAUGGCCAAGGAGAAGCAUGGCUACAACAUUGAGCAGGCACUCGGCAUGCUUCUGUGGCAUAAACACGACGUGGAGAAGUCGCUGGCUGAUCUAGCCAACUUCACCCCCUUCCCUGACGAGUGGACGGUCGAGGACAAGGUGCUGUUUGAACAGGCCUUUGGAUUUCAUGGCAAGUGCUUCCAGCGGAUCCAGCAGAUGCUACCUGACAAGCUGAUUCCCAGCCUGGUGAAGUAUUACUACUCUUGGAAGAAGACCCGAAGUCGAACUAGUGUGAUGGACAGGCAGGCCAGGCGGCUGGGUGGCCGCAAGGACAAAGAAGACAGUGAUGAGCUUGAAGAGGGACGAGGGACUGUGAGUGAGGGAGAGCCAGAUCCUGGAGACCCCAAGCGUGAGCCUCUGCCAUCUCGACCUCUGAAUGCACGGCCUGGUCCUGGGAAGAAGGAGGUUCAGGUAUCUCAGUACCGCCACCACCCACUUCGAACUCGGAGACGUCCACCCAAGGGCAUGUACCUGAGUCCUGAAGGCCUCACGGCGGUGUCGGGAAGCCCAGACCUCGCUAACCUCACACUCCGAGGUCUCGACUCACAGCUCAUCUCUCUUAAGCGCCAGGUUCAGAGCAUGAAGCAGACCAAUAGCAGCCUCCGCCAAGCACUGGAGGGUGGCAUUGACCCUCUCCGCCCCCCUGAGGCGAAUACCAAGUUCAAUUCCCGCUGGACCACAGAUGAACAACUUCUGGCUGUACAAGCUAUCCGUAGAUAUGGCAAAGACUUUGGGGCUAUUGCAGAGGUGAUUGGGAACAAGACACUGACCCAAGUGAAGACCUUCUUUGUGAGCUACCGUCGCCGCUUCAACCUGGAGGAGGUGCUGCAGGAAUGGGAGGCUGAACAGGAUGGGGCCCCUGCAGCUCCAGUCCCUAUGGAAGAGGCCAGGCGAGGGGCCCCUGUGCCGGCCCCAGCCCUAGAAGAAGAUGAUGAGGUCCAGAUUACAUCUGUCUCAACAUCAGUACCCCGAUCAGUACCCCCUGCACCACCCCCACCUCCACCACCCACCUCACUUUCCCAGCCACCUCCACUGCUGAGGCCACCUCUGCCCACAGCUCCCACAUUGCUCCGCCAGCCACCUCCCUUGCAACAGGGCCGCUUCCUGCAGCCCCGGCUGGCCCCCAACCAGCCUCCACCACCUCUCAUCCGCCCUGCCCUGGCUGCCUCUCGCCACAGUGCCCGCCCUGGUCCUCAGCCUCCACCUACCCUGAUUGGAGCCCCCUUGGAGCCCCCUGCACCCUCAGUUUGAGCCCUGGAUCCUUCACUGCCCAGAGGCUCCUGAACCCUUGGCUGGAUAUCUCUAGCAUCACUUAAGGACAGAAGGGACUAGGGCUUUUGCCAGGUCUUUCAAAGACCCAGAGCUGCCAGUUGGCACAGCUUGGACCUGUGGGUUCUGCAUGUGUUCUUGGCAGCUAAGCUUGUCAACCCCCAGCCAGGGGCUAGAGCUCAGGGCCUGCAGAACUCUGCUUCCUGGCUGUGACUGGAAUGGCUGCCUCCUUGCCUGCCUGCCCAGGGCUUGGCCUCUGGGCUACCCUUUGUGUGGGGGUAGUGACUUUGGCAUGGGGGAUGGGCGAGAGGACAGUUGGGGUGUUAGCUGGCCUCAUUCACCUUUCCCUUCUUUUAGCAAUAAGUCAGGUGCACUGGGGAGGGGAUUGGGGUGGUGACGGCAGAGACCUGGUAGGAAGAAUACUGAGCAGCUGUAGGGGGCCCACUUUGUCCACCCCCAAGAAGCUUGGAGAAAGGAGGGUUGGGGACUUACACAGACAUGGGUUUAUUUUUCAACAUUUUUAAAAAAGAAAUAAAUGCAA